CGACAGAAUCGCGCCGUCCUGGAGGAUGCCGUCUCAAUAUUAGCCAGAAGAACGAUGAGAAGAGGAAGGACGCGUCGAACACUGACAUCGAUGCUCUUCGCUAUCUGCUUCUCGCUGCGAUGGCUCAUCCUUUCAUGUUCCUCGUCCCGAAGACUACGCUUGCUGUACACCAAGUUGCGGUUCGCUUCAUCAUGCUGCACCUCAUACUUUGCCAGGUUUUUUCCUGCGGAGUCGCAAGAUCAUCAAACGUCAGCUCAAUGGGUGUAGGCCGCUCAGGGAACGGUGACGAUAUUUGUGCAUACCCUUUUUUGAUUUCCAACGCCUUUGGAUGCUCUUUGGGAUCAGCCAGAAUCUAUGGAGAGGCCCACGGACGCUAAGCACAAAGCCAAACCAGUGCUCAUGAAAGUUGAGCACGUUCUCGGGUAUAGUCACCCGC